UAUGAAAGUUUCGGUUGACCUUGUAUUAGAUACCGACGCGCUUCUACCAUUACCUGACGUUGUUUCAGAGACAACGUUGAUGCGAGAUGCAGUCGGAUCCUUUGUUGGAUGGCCGUCAGAUCUAAUUUUCCCAGAUGCCGAGACUCCUACAAGACCCACACAUAAAGCUGGUAAAGGGAUUUCAAGACGCAUCGAGUCGGUUGCAUCUCAAAAAGAGGUUCCCGGUCGAAAGUUGAAAAAAGCUGGUAAGGAUAUUCCAACGACGUCCGGGACAAAAUCUCAAAUUAUGAUGCGUCUUGAGAAAAUGGUGGAAGAGUCCGAUAUUAUGCACGGCGCCAUCCGUAGUGUAGAUUUUGAUGAAGGUGUUUUCGGAAUUGCUCAUUCCGAAAUAAUUGCAAAGGAGGACAUGCAACAACUUUUUGAACACGAAGAAUUGGGCAUCGCUGUCAUUCAUACAUACAUAUGGUACUCCGAUCAAUCUAUUAUUUACUUAGUUGAACAAUUUAUUUACACAUUUCAAUGAGUAGUCUAAUAUUUAUUAUGUUUCUAUUUAAGGUAUAUGUAUGUAACAUUGAUGCGGGGAACUGAAUUGUGUAACCGAUUCAAUUUUAUUGCUGCUUCCCGUAUCAACACAACGUUUAUAACGAAAAAUCCAACAUCCGUAAAGAAUGAACUAGUCGAUAGAUUCAUGGCGGCCGGCGAUAA